AUGGAUUACCGCAAUCGAAAUAGCAAUGAGACUGAGGCUGGAAUAGCAAGUGGCCCGACUCAUCGAAGCGCUAUCCGGCUUCUACUGCGGGUCCAUAAUCCUUCGAACAAGGAUUUUCCUUACUAUGGCCUCACCAAGUCCCUUUUGGGGCCCAUCUACUUCACAUGCCAAGUUAGUAUAAAGGUCAUGAACCAAGUGCAAGCUAACGUUUCAAAGUUUCUGCGAGGAGAUACAUUGCCGAGUUUAUCAACACUCUUACCAAUCUCGUGUACAGUAUGUCGCGACCUGCCGCUUCUACAAAUAAAUCUCAUAAACAACCCAGUAUUCUACGCAAUAUACGGAAUUCGCCAUCUGCAUCGACAACCGAAUAAGGAUGUCUUCCGCGCCCUUCCCUAUUGGGGCUUGAUGGGUGUGGGUAUUGCCUCUGCAGCUUUCCACAUGAACCUCAAGUACCAUACCCAAAUGAUGGACGAUGUAUCCAUGCUCCUCACCACAACCCCGGUGCUCCACCGCGUCAUGACCGUGAACACCAGUCGCAGAACCUCGACUAUUUUGGCAAUUCUGCUAAGCGCAGCUCUUCUGGGACUCGUAGUAGUCCACGUACUGACAGACGAGCUCAUCUUACACUCCGUCAGUUUCGUAGUCAGCGUGACGAUCAUUGGAGUCCGUACGAUGCAGCUAACCACUACCCGUACGCCAAAGAAUUCUCUCGCUCGGCGGCAGAUCUGGGGUAUGGUGAGAUUUGGAGCUGCUAUAUUUGAGCUGGGAUUCCUCGUCUGGGUAGUUGACGGGUGGGUAUGUGGAUGGUUGAGAAGCUCGCGGGCAGCUAUUGGUCUACCGUGGGCGUUUCUACUUGAACUACAUGGAUGGUGGCACAUCUGCACGGGAAUUGGAGCCUACAUAUUCAUCGCGGUCAUUGAUCACCUGGUGUCUGGGGAAGAUGUUGAGGCCAUUGAGUACUCAUUUGCCUGGCCUGCACCAUGGGCUUCUCGUUCUAUCUUUGCGGGAAAAGGUUCAGCAGUGGGUGUCAGGUCGGAGUUAAAGACAGAGUGA